CCAGCUCCUGCAAGGCGGCCACCUCGCCGCCGUACAUCCACCACCACUCGGCGUCGGAGAGCCGCCCGCUCUCCACCAGAGCCGUCGCUGCCCAACGGGCCUCCACGGAUCCCAGGCGGCCCUCCCCCUUGUGGAAGGUGCCCAGCUGAGCCGCGAGCAUGGUGCGCCGAGAUAUGCUGCCCUAUCCUGGUCGCGUUUGGAGUGACACUAGAGCCACAAUGAAUGCAAACUGUGCUAAUAACAAGGCCGGUCGGCUCCUUCACCUUCUUAACAUGCUCCCAAAUGUCGGAUAGCUUCCUAGGCAUGGCGUACACAGUAACGCCAGUAGCUGAGAAAAUCGUGCGGUGGAUUCGAUCGUGCGAGGUGAGCUGCGUACAAGACUGUGCUCACCUUUCUGGAAGUGCUCCAAGUUUGUACCUGGUGGCCAACCUGCAUUCUUGAGCGACGUGGAAAGACCUUGUUGGUAGGGAUCGCAAAUGACCAAGCUCCCCACUGUCAGUGCUGAUCGUGCAGCAGUGAAGGAGGGGAGGCAAACCAUGGCGCGGUGGUGGCAGUGGCACGGGUCCGACUACCCUGAGCUUUCUGCACUGGCAUGUCGGGUGCUCUCACAGCCGGUUUCAGCAGCCGCAUGCGAGCGCAACUGGGCAGCGUGGGAGGCGAUCCACACUGCCAAGCGCAACCGCCCCAGUGCCGAAAAGUGUCGGGACCUGGUCUUCGUGUCCCACAACUGGAACCAGGUCCACAACUGGCACAAGGAGGACGGGGGGUCCCUGGUCCUUCCAGGGACCAGCUCUGAGGCCCUUGGGCUGGGCGUGCUGGUGGUGGACGACACGGGCGUGAACCUGGUGGUGGCCCGCCGCACUCUGAGUCGAUGCGGCGCCGCUGUGGCCACGGCAGGCAGCGGGGAGGACGCAGUGCGGCGGUGGCUCUGACAGCAGAUGUGGAUGAGGAGAUUACUCGGCGCUGCCUUGCGAAUGGCUUUGAUGGCAUUCUGCAGAAGCCAGUCGACCCCAAGCUGCUCUC